UGUUCGUCAUCGUCGCCGCCGUCUCGGGCGCCUGGAGUCGUCGGAGUCGUCCGCGGCGGCUGCGGCAUUUUUCCCGCUACACGACGCACGGCAUCAACUCCGGCGUCCGAAUGUUUUCCAGCCCCCGCUCGGACCAUGCCGCUACGCAGCGGCCUGUGCUUUGCCUCAGCAGGCCGCCUCUGCAUUCUUGAUCCUGUUGGCCUCAGCCACCACUACUUCAUCUGCAUCAGCCACCGCGAAAUUGGUCUUGGCACAAUGCCAAAGAAAGGAUCAGGAUGAGCGACCGGGACACUCCACUCAAGCAAAACAACGUCCUACCAGGACAGAAGUCAACUGCAGCAACGAGAGGGCAUGGGGAUGGUUGUCAACCCAUGAAUGUGGCUACGGAACUGUCCACCAGCCCUUCAAAAAGUGACUCGACCCACACACCCUUCGUAACUAGCACUUUGCGUCCUGCCACUGCACCCUGUGCGAGACUCAGUUCAAAAGAAAAUGAAUCGUUUGCAAGGGCAAGCUCUUCGCCAGGAGUCUUGGACAACCAUUCCAGGCCCUCAGGGUCGGGCAGUGCGGUUUGCCCUCAAACGGACAUCCUCUUGCCUACCUCAGACGAUAAGUUGCUUGCCAGGAAAGACAGUGAACUGCCACUGCGUCGUUCGAACAGUGACAGGCCCAGCUCUCAACCCUUGGUGCCAAAAGUGUGUGCUGACGUAAGCCGAACACUCAGUGUACCUGCAGUUACUUCGAAACAGUUAUGUUCAUCGCCAGUCAGGAGGAAACGCGUGGAGCAGGGGACUUCAAGAAGCUUGCCAGACCAUGCCACAGCAUCGGCGACCCAUGCGCCGGAUGUGGCACGGAUCGACCCAAAGACAAGCGAGCCAUCGCUAAACGAAGUCUCUUCGCACGACCAAAAACCAGGGUCGCAAAGUGAAUCUUCAAACAUUGCCAUGGUGCAGCAAAGUUCCACAGGCACUGCUGAGUCCCCAUCACAGCCCAGGGUGUCAAGCCACCGGGAUUCCCAGUCGUCGGUGCAGAGUGUGAGCGAUGCCAGCUCCAUAGAAGUGACGGUGGCCACCCCUUCGUCCAGCGAGAGAUAUCUGCCGGCAGCGACAAAGCUCGAUCUGUGUGGUAUCAGUGCGUCAGUGAAUAGUGUUGCUUGUUCGUCCGAUUCAGAUUCUCACGAAAGUGCAAAAAGCAGCCUUGUGUCCACGGAUACGGAUUCAGCGCUACGUGUCCAAUUCACAGCUUUGGGUGGGAGGGAGAGGAGAGACAGCAGCGGAACGCUUUCUCUCAAUCAAGCCCAAAUGAUUCCCAAGUCAGUAUCAUUUCACAGCGGCACAAGUUUACCUGCUGAACGAAAGAUCUGCAGUGCUCAUGACUGUCUCCAAUUUAUGAUCACCGGCAGCAGCCUUCUUAAGAUUAGGGCUAGCUCACGUCAGUACCGUCGCUACUUCACGCUUGAAGAGGAUCUCACAGCCAUUAAAUGGGUGCCAUCUUCAAAGAAAUCCAACAAAGCACGCUUGUCUAUACGAUCUAUCCGAGAAAUCCGAAUUGGCAAGAGCACUGAUGUGCUCAGGGACAAGGAAGUCGCUGGAUGUUACUCCGAGGACUGCGUCUUCUCAGUCAUAUAUGGUGACGACUUUGAAUCACUCGACCUCGUGGCCUCUACUCCCGACGAAGCCAAUUUCUGGGUCACUGGCCUGAACAUGCUCAUUGCAGCCAAUCGAUCACCUGAUAACCUGGAUGAACGACAGCGUAUGAGAGAAAAGUGGUUGCAGGAAAUGUUUGAAAAAGCUGACACGGAGAGGAAGGGGCUUUUGGAUGAAGUGGAAACCAUAGCCCUGGUUCAGAAACUUAACAGCCAACUCAGUGUUGUCCGACUGAAACAAAAAAUGAUGGAGUUUGAUGUUGGGAAGACAGAGCAAGACCGGGGCAGGAUAGACAGGUCUCAAUUUGUGAGCUUGUUCAAGGAGCUUGCUACUCGUCCAGAGGUGUAUUUUCUCAUGGUCAGAUACUCUGGUAAGGACUACCUUACUGUCGAAGACCUCCAGUUUUUUCUUGAAGGGGAGCAGGAGUUUGAGAACGUCACUGUUGAUGAUUGCCUGAGGCUAAUACAACGAUACGAGCCUUCAGAAGAAGCCAAGAAAAACAAGCAGAUGCUCUUGGAUGGGUUUACGCUCUUUCUGCUGUCAGAUGAGUGCAGCCUAAUGGACCAGGCACACAAGAAGGUAUUUCAGGAUAUGAGCCAGCCCCUCUGCCACUACUUCAUAUCAUCAUCCCACAACACCUACCUUAUGGAAGAUCAACUAAAAGGACCUUCAAGCAUAGAUGGCUACACUCAGGCCCUCAGCCAGGGAUGUCGAGUAGUCAAAGUGGACUGCUGGAGUAGCUCUGAAGGACCUGUGGUGUUCCAUGGCAACACGUUAACAGGAAGAGUCCCUCUAAGUGCAGUGCUGGACACCAUCCGAGAGCAUGCUUUUCAGGCUUCCGACUACCCGCUAAUUCUCCAUCUUGAGAACCACUGCUCCUCACCGGAAGCUCAAGAAGAACUCGUUGCCUUGCUCAUCGAGAAGCUGGGCAACCUGCUGUACAUCCCUGGCAGAGAUGGAGAGGAGUUCACCACCAAGUUGUCACCUCAAUCCUUAAAAAGGAAGAUCAUUAUAAAGAGUAAGAAGCUUCCCAAAGAUUCCGAGGAGGCAGAAAUAUCUGAAGAGGAUGAUUUCGUUGACAAAAACAGCAAUAGCUCAGAAUCCCCCAAGAAGUUGAAGCUCAUCAAGCCCCUAUCUGAUUUGGUGGUGCUGUCAAGAAUCCACUUCACUGAUUUUGUAACUUCACAGCAAUCUCAGGCCGAAAAUGAGGUGUGUACAUUCAGCGAGACAUCUGCUCUCAAGUUGGGUCAUGCCUUGGCCGAUGAAGUGGCAGCUCACACUCGGCACUUCCUGGCUCAUGUGUCACCAACAGCCAGUCGGGUUGACUCGAGCAACUACAAUCCUCUAGAACUGUGGGCAUGUGGCUUUCAAAUGGCGGCCAUGAAUGUCCAGACAUCCGGUGUCUCGAUGGACCUGCACCGUGGAUGGUUUCAACAAAAUGGUGGCUCUGGCUAUGUUCUCAAGCCUCCCUGCCUGCGCCAGCCAUGGUCCGUGUUCAAUGCCUACCGACGCGAAACAUUCUCUGACAAUGAACCACUUUACCUGCGAGUCAAGAUCAUUAGUGGCCAGCAGCUGCCACUGCCCAGGGGUGCCUCAAGCAAAGCCACAGCCAUCGACCCUUACGUGACAGUGCAGGUGUUUGGGAUUCCCACGGACUGCGCUGAAGCACGUACAAAAACCGUUUCCAACGAAGGUCAUUCUCCAAUUUUUGAUGAGUGCUUCGAGUUCACUGUGGCUGCUCCAGAGCUCGCCGUUCUUCGGUUCGCCGUCCUAGAUGACGAAUUUAUUGGUGACGACUUCAUUGGCCAGCACUCAAUACCAGUGUCAAGUUUGAAAACAGGCUACCGUCACGUACAGCUCACAUCUGACACCGGCAAAGUGCUUGAAAACUCCUCGCUCUUUCUUCAUGUCACUAUGAGCACCCGUUCAGGAGACAAGAAAUUAAGAAGGAAACGAUCCUGGCAGACUCGGCCACAGGCUGAGAUGAGGCAUGUUGGUAUCCGGCACCUCGACGAAGCCUUCAAGGGGGCAGCUGGGGCAUUGAACGAGUGCCAGCGGCUGAAGGGAUCCUUAGAUCGCGCCUUGCUAGAGUGUUGUGAAGAGUGUGGCCUGCCAAGCAGUGCAAACUUGGCCCAGUGCCUGCGAGCAGCUGCCUUGCGAUUGGCUUCAGCUUCCGAAGUAGUUGGCAUCAGCAUCACCGAAGAGAAAGGGUACCCGGUGUUCAAGGUUCAAGGUGAACCCUCUGUGAAAGCAUCAAAACUGGUCACUGCAUUUGACAAGGUGCUGGCUGAAUGCAAGGCCAUUUCUGAGACAUCACAUUCUGUUUUCAAAACAUUGAAUGAGCUGUACCAGACCAUGAAGAGUUUCUCCGAGGACCUGAACGGCACAUGUGUGGCAAUUGGUCUCAAAGGAAAGAAGGCUGAGAAGGCUGCUGAGCACUUUCUAUGGAACGCAAGUAUCGUAGAGUCGAGGAUGGACAUGCUUCGUAAAGUGGACAAAGAAAGCCGUGCCUGCAUGAAACAGGUACUACGACUUGGGCAGACUGCAAGACGGCUCUACCAGCGAGAAAGAGAAGGGUCGUCAUCGCGCACACAGUCUGCGUCAUCUUCUACGGGAAGCACGCUUUCUCCGCCGGGGGCCAACACACUCGGCUGCCCACAACCACCUCCGCCGACGCCGACAUCGCCAGGUGGCAGUGACACCCGAAUACGUGGUAUCCUCAAAAAGACAUCGAACCACCCUGCACCUCUAACCUCUCUGGAGGCCGUCGGUGCAAUGGGAAAUUCCAACGGAGGAGAGCCACCGCUCACUCCUUCACCGUCGCCUCGGGUGAAGCAGGCACCGAAUCCUGCGGAGCUCGGAACAUCGCUCUAGUCGUCACAACAGCUCUGCAGAACCCCUCGAACUAUGCUGUGAAGUGCAACGGGAUCACUAAGUCAUACACAUGCCCGACCUUCAGAAAAAUCGGCAGGUGACAGAAUGGUAGCUGUGCAUGUUUUGAAAGUUCCAUCCAUGCUGCUUGCAUGGCCGGCCAACAUGUACGGUUGUGUGGACAUUUGAUUUUAGCGAACAGGUGAAACAAGGGAAGUAACACUCUGUUUCUUCGUGAAGUCAUCUUCCUACUUACCAUGCAAAGCUUGGCUAACGUGCCAUCUUGGAAGGGUGUGAAACCAUGUCUUGGUUCACAUAGAGCAUUGUUUCUGACAAGCAGUGAGAAGGUGCAAGCACUAUCAACUCGUGACAUGGCUGUGCUUGCAGCAAGUGUUCAUAUCUGCUAAUGUCUGUAGCUGUGGAUGUUGGAAAGAGUGAGUUGUUAGCCCAGACAGAGCCGUGAUCCAAAAUUCAGCAUAGUGUGCUAGUCAAAUGGAGACGACUGCACUGGAAGUUUUAGUAAUAAUUUACGAAAGCUGUGCGCAUGCUGACAUGUGUAGCCAGUGGACGACCACUUGCACAAAUGCACAUUUUUAAAGAGUCCAUGGGCUUGUCUCAAUUCCAAGGUCAUCAUGUCCUGUGCAGCACCGCAGCCGGUAGGUUUUGGGCCAAAUAAUUACUGAAGGACUUUUGUCUCGGCAGUUCUGUGCAGCAUGGUUGAAUCUGAAUAAAGAAAGAUAUGUUGCUGAAGAGAUAGAGCAUCGUUAAACGGCAAAUUGAGUCAGUGUCACACUGCUUGCUGAGGCAAUCUUUGCUGCAGGUUGGUCCCAGUUAUCCCUCUGUAAACUACUGCUUUGUCAUUUACUGUUACAAUUGUCAGCUGCAUACUAUGUAUGUGCUUACUGGUCUGAUGCCACGGGUCAAGCUUGACACAAAGACUACUUUAUUUUGUGCAUAAUGAGUUAGCAUAUAUAGCUCUGAGUCUUCCUUCUGCUGCACAGAACUACAGAGCUGUACUGUUGAGCUUGUGUGCCUGCUGCACAAAUACAGCCACUGCAACUUGUGUGCAACCAAGUGUACAUCUGUGUAUGCAUUGCCUGUGCCAAUGGUGUCAAGGUGCCUUUCACAGCCGUGACGACAUGUGUGAUCCUUCGACUUGAGGCUUGCCCAUGCUCUUCAGAGAGGAUAUUGAUCCUAGGUGUUCACUAUGGUAUCACAAUCAAGGUGAUCCCACAUUUGCAACCGUAGCAUUGGCACGAGCUUGACAAGAAACAGUGAUAGUCACUGUCCCACAGCUUUCUGUAAAUGCGGUCGACGAAUUGCCGUGUUUGGCGUGGCAUCUGCAGGUGACUUACCUCAAGUCAUCCACGUGUACAUAGUUGAAACCUUAUGAAGAUGUCUGUCAUUCCCAAGACCAUAACUGAACCUUGAGAGUGCUUGGCCUAAAAGUCCUCUGUUUUCGGCAUACAGAGGGCCUUGCACAGCCAACUUACAUGUUAUGCUCUCUGCUGAGAGUCUGUACAUAUUAACUGACCAGUGUUCACCUUUUUGCUUUAACUUAUUAUUAUUACGCAGAAGGAGGAAGACCUUCUUUACCUCUCACGUGUUGACAGAAUCCUUCGGAGUGACGGUGGCUUGCUGGAUCACCUCUAGCUAGUUUUGUUGUGGGGUACACUUUGUUGUUUGGCUGUUGUCAGUACAGUAGACUGAGCUCAAGCUGUACUUUUCUCUCGCGGUUGAGGAAAGGGUUAUCCUAAUCGGAGGGAGCUCCUGCACUUUUUGUUUCGGAGAGGCGACAAGAAACACAAAUCUCUAGUGGCAUUUGCUGCAGCUGCUUUGUGAUAGAGUGACUUACGGAAUGUGUGCAUAAUUCAAGUUGUUGCCUGCUGCAUAAUGUGUAUGCUGCAUGGUCACAAAGGUACUGUUUGUUGCAAGGCUAGGAUAUUGUUAGGCAGUGUUGAAGUGCACCGAAAGAGUAUUGUUGCUAUUUCGCUUUAUUUUCUGGAAUUGAAUCAGACAUGGACAAAAGAACCAAUGAAGCAAUUACUGGCUAAUUCCCAAUCUGUUGUUUUCACUUUGGGAUGAUCAUGUACUGGGCAAGAAAGUUCAGCGGUGACAUUGCGCCUAAAGACUUUUGUGAAAGUUCUCUAUCGAUUUAAGUCAAACUCAGCUCUCAAAAAGCAUUUGAAAUGCUUGAUACUUAACAUACAUAUUAUACUAACAAAAUAAUUGCUUAUUUGAAAUCUGCACACAAAUGUACACAAACUCAGCAAGUUUCAUCUCAAUCAGUAAGGAAUUGAAAGUCUGCACAUGCCACGUAGAAAAAAAGGCUUGUGAUGUUUCAAUAGGCUAACAAGAAAAACAGCCUCAGCAUUUUUAUUACUUAGCCCAUAAGUGAAACUUUCUUUAGUACUUGUCGAUAAAUGAGUGAACACUCAGCUGCCCUGUGCUCCAUAUCUACAGUGAACUAUUUUGUUGGGUGUAUUGGCCCCCAGCAUCUUGCAUAAAAUUAAAUUGUUUAAAGCUAGCACUGUAUUUGUCUUAUUUUUUCCUCCACAUUCAUAACAUGCUACUUUGGCAGUGCACUUGAAGCUUCAAGGAUUCAAACCUAGUUGUUGGCAGUUUCUCAUAUUUUGCACAGUACAUGCUUUGAACGGCAGUUUCUAAUAUUUUGCACAGUACAUGCUUUGAACAGUUCUUUUUGGUACUGGACGUGCAAGUGGGAUAUAAAAGAAGAAAGAUCUUGAGGAUUUACUUUGGCAGUGCACAGAAAUUGGCACUGCACUGAAAGCUUCAUGUGCAAGUUUUGGCAGUUUCUCAUACGUUGUGCAAGCUCAAAAUUGUUCGAACUGUUAUUUUUGGAAGUGUACAUGCAAGUGGGGUAAAAAAGAUGUUGAGGAGGGUUUACUUUGGCAGUGUACUAAAUUGGCAGUGCACUUAAAGCUUCAAGCACAGGUGUUGGCAGUUUUUGUCAUAUUUUGUGCAUUACAUUGUUUGAACAGUUUUGAACAUUGUUAGGAAAGAAAAAAAAGAAGAGAGAUGUUGAGGAGGAUUUUAUUCUUGCUUGACAACACGAUGGAGCUCAGCAUAACCGUGGUCAAGUGUCACCAGAGUGUUUGAAUUAUCAAGGUUCAAGCAAACACUUACACGCAUGAUAUUCCUUGUAAUCGGACUGCUAUCAAAUCGCCGUCCUUUAUUUGUUUCACUGUCUUCGUUUUAUUUACGGUUAUUUGUGGCUGUAGCUAAAACAAUCAAGCUUUUUUUUUUUCAUACUGUUUCAUCAGUGUGAUCAACGUGCUUCACUAUCCCUGUCCUGCAAUUACAUCAGUACUGUGUGGAUUCUUUGUCUCAAGAAAUUUUGUGGCUUACUUGUGAUAGGUGAAUUCGAGGCUCAUAUCUCAGCGCCCAUUUGUAUAAGGAGCCUUGCUUAAGCUGUGCAACCGUUCUGUCUGAGCUGAGGCUUGUGACUUGUGUUUACUGCUUGAACUAUGCAGAUAACUCUACUCCUACUGGAACACUAUUGUUUUUUGAUUAAUUGUUAUUGUGGCUAGAGUUUAUAUUAUUGACACAAGAUUCACAGGCCUGCACACUUGACUGGUUAGUUAACUAUUGCAGAGAUGUUGCGGUUGCUAUCAGACAAUGUUUUGUCUCAUUAAAAUCCUUUGCCUGGGGUUUUGUACCACUAGUACACCCUCAUGUGGGCACCACUUCUCAAUA